AUGCUUCCAAGCACAGAGUUGCUUUCAGGUUUCACAUCCGUUUCUGGGAGCUUCCACAAGCUGAAGUUGGUGUCACGCGAGCUGGAGCAAGGGCAAGGGCAGGAGCAAGGGCAGGAGCAAGAGCAGGAGCAAGAGCUAGAGCAAGAGCAGCAAGAUCAGGAGCAAGAGGAAGAGCAUCAGCAAAAGCGGGAGCAAGAGGAACUGCAUGUUGUGGACACUCGGCUGCGCAUCGUAGAAGCUUUCAAGGAGGAUUUGGUAACCACGGUGCCUGUGGGCGUCGCAGUGUCUGCAGACGGGAGCUAUUCUGUGGGUGCAGAGGCUUGGAAGAUAUUCGUCCGAAAGAAGCUGAUGGCGAAAAAGAGUUCCGCGACCAUCACGUAUUCGUGGACCGCCAUGGCCAUUGCAUCAAUAUUGAGGCAGGCGAUCGACGUGGGGCACCUCCUCGUGGUGAUCGCCUGCAUGGCCAUCAUCUCCGACGAGCACUCGGAAUCGCUUCUGGUUUUGGACCUCUUGGUCUCACCGAGUUUGGACGCGAGCUUCGGAGGUUGCUGUCCGAAAUUCGAAUACGUCAUCAUUGGGUACUUUGGACCGUUCGGGUCAGUGAAUUCGGCCGGCUUUGCCGCGUCUGGCGACCUUCAUUCCACAGGCAUCUGGUGGCCUCCAAGAUCUGGCAAACCUGACCCGGCCAACCAGUCUGCAAAUGCCUGGACUGGCAGCUUGACCACGUGGGAGGCGCGGCUGGAUGUGCGUGAUCUCCUCCUGGCGCCCAACGGCACGCUCUUCGUGGCAGAUCACAUGCAGCUACUGGGCUGGCACUGCAAUGUCCCAAACCGCAUGCUAGCAUGA